UUGCAAUGAGCCUUGGCUUGACCUAUCUCUCUCUUCCACGAGUGUUGAACAACGGGCAGCAUUCGCAUUAGGCCAAGCUGCAGGGAUACAGUUGUGAUCAACUGGGCGCUGCGAAGUCUUUUUUGGUCUUCACAUUAUUUUUGUCAUUAAGUUGAAAGGUCAAAAUGCACAGGUUACCCGCAGUUUUCCGCUCUGCGGCUGCGAAAAAGCUUGUUCCUGCCCUUACAAGAUGUUAUGCAAAAGACAUCAAAUUUGGUCCAGAUGCACGGGCUCUUAUGUUGCAAGGUGUUGACCUUCUUACAGAUGCUGUUGCUGUCACAAUGGGUCCUAAGGGCAGGAAUGUCAUUUUGGAGCAAAGCUGGGGAAGUCCUAAGAUCACAAAGGAUGGAGUCACAGUUGCGAAAGGUGUUGAACUGAAAGAUAAAUUUCAAAAUAUUGGUGCUAAACUUGUACAGGACGUUGCUAAUAACACAAAUGAAGAAGCUGGAGAUGGUACAACCACUGCAACUGUGUUAGCAAGGUCAAUUGCCAAAGAAGGGUUUGAAAGAAUCAGCAGAGGUGCAAAUCCAGUGGAGACCAGGAGAGGUGUGAUGAUUGCAGUUGAUGCUGUUGUGGAACAGUUGAAGAAAAUGUCAAAGCCAGUGACAACGCCUGAGGAAAUUGCACAGGUAGCAACGAUAUCUGCUAAUGGAGACAAGGCAAUCGGAGACCUCAUCUCAAGUGCAAUGAAAAAAGUUGGAAGAGAUGGUGUAAUUACUGUAAAGGAUGGAAAAACAUUGAAAGAUGAACUGGAAACAAUUGAGGGAAUGAAGUUUGAUAGAGGGUACAUUUCACCUUAUUUCAUGAACACCACCAAAGGAGCAAAGUGUGAAUUCCAAGAUGCCUUGGUUCUUUUUAGUGAAAAGAAAAUAUCCAGUAUUCAGUCCAUUAUUCCAGCUUUAGAACUUGCAAACCAGGCUCGCAAACCUUUGGUGAUCAUUGCUGAAGAUGUGGAUGGAGAAGCAUUGAGCACAUUGGUAUUGAAUAGAAUCAAGGUUGGCCUCCAAAUAUGUGCUGUGAAGGCACCUGGAUUUGGUGAUAACAGAAAAAAUACUCUGACAGACAUGGCUAUUGCAACAGGAGGAGUGGUUUUUGGUGAUGAAGGUAACCUGUACAAAUUGGAAGAUGUUCAAAUGCAAGACUUUGGUCAGAUUGGAGAGGUGACAAUCACAAAAGACGACACACUGAUGAUGAAGGGCAAAGGUGAAAAGGGUGAUUUGGAGAAACGGAUGAAUCAAAUCAAAGAGGAGAUUGAGCUCAGCAAUUCUGAGUAUGAAAAGGAGAAAUUUGGUGAACGAUUGGCAAAAUUAUCAAAUGGUGUGGCUGUUCUGAAGGUUGGUGGUACAAGUGAAGUUGAGGUCAAUGAAAAGAAGGACAGAAUCAACGAUGCUCUGUGUGCAACAAGAGCUGCUGUGGAGGAGGGCAUUGUUCCAGGAGGUGGUACUGCCCUUCUCAGAUGUAUUAAUGUUUUGGAUGAUAUUAAGGCUGAAAAUGAGGAUCAGCUCACAGGCAUUAAUUUGGUGAGGAAGUCCCUGAGGGUACCAGCCUUGACCAUUGCACAGAAUGCUGGAGUUGAUGCUCAUGUUGUUGUUGAGAAAGUGCUCAAUUCUGAAGGUGAUGUCGGAUACGAUGCUUUGAACGGUGAAUAUGUCAAUCUCAUCGAAGCUGGAAUCAUUGAUCCCACCAAGGUGGUGAGAACUGCUCUUGUGGAUGCCUCAGGGGUGGCUUCUCUUCUAACAACGGCAGAAGCUGUCAUUGUGGAACAGCCCAAAGACGAGAAAGAUGCUAUGGGCGGCAUGGGAGGAAUGGGUGGUAUGGGUGGCAUGGGAGGAAUGGGCGGCAUGGGUGGUAUGAUGUAAGUGGCUCCUGGACUGAUCGUCACAAGUCAUUCAUUGAAAGGUGUCUCUUCUGAAAACUGAAGUGCUAAUGUUCAGAGUGCACAAAAAGGCAUUUACACUGCGUGUAGGUAGAGCAGAGUGCGUUCAUGCUCGUGUGGUAAGCUGUAACCUUUUGCAGAACCUUGUAGGUCUCAGGAAUCUCACCAAUGAUGCUGGGUUGCCCUGCAUGCAUGUGAAGUUAGCCUUCUGUUUGGGCUCUUGGGGGUGGGGGUGUCAAGGUGGCCAUUAUGUUCUGAUGUGUAAAUGCCAGACUGAAUAUAAUUGGAAUGGUGAAUGUUGAUUGUUGUAGUUAUACGAGUGUUUUUGUGAAGUAGACCAAGUGAGUAGCAUUUGUUUUGACUGACGAUUGUUGAUUUUUUACAUUUGUGAUGUGAGAAUGAGUAUUUAAACAGAUCAGCGAAUUCUUUUUUUGUUCCUGUUCUCAUUGCAGCACUUGUAAAGUGAUGCAUUGUUUUUUUUAUACUAAAAAGUGAUAAACAUUUUGUGAAAUUGAACCAUCAUCAUCUGAUGUUUGUACCACGACCGACCAUUGUGUUUCUGUGAAGGGAACUUUCAUCUUGAUGCUGAUGCUCUUUGAUUACAAUUACAGAUUUAAACAUGUAGAGUUUCUUUCUUUGUAAUCGCAGAUUUUCAACAUUAUCAUAUAUUUCUUUCAAAUCAUGAGCGAAGGGAGCCAAGUUGGUUUCAUGGUUGGUGAAUGUACUAAAUAAAUAUUUUGGAACAGUUA